GCAGCAUUACGCUUUGUCCCCCCCAUUGGGAGUGCCAAAACAGUAUUGGAAGAAGAACGAUUGUCGAACGCCAUAUCCUUUUUUGGUAUGGUGAGUUUGGACCUCAAGAAAGGCGUAGGAAGUGAUCGAAGGAUUAAAAUAUAUUUUCACGUCCAUAUUUAUCAACGAAAUGUCCAAGUCAUUGAAGAAAAUAGUGGAUGAGAGUCGGGAGAAGAACCUUCCAGACGUUGAAAUGUGUGACAGAGGCAUUUCGAACAUGCUGGAUAUUCCCGGACUCUUCACUUUGUCCAACAUCACUCAACUUGUCCUGAGUCACAACAAGCUGACGGUGGUGCCUCCGAACAUCUCGGAGCUGAAAAAUCUGGAGGUCCUCAACAUGUUCAACAACCAAAUUGAAGAGCUCCCGACUCAAAUUAGCAGUCUUCAGAAAUUGAAACACCUUAAUCUUGGAAUGAACCGCCUUUACAACUUACCCAGAGGCUUUGGUUCUUUGCCUGCACUGGAAGUGUUGGACCUCACCUACAAUAACCUGAGUCAAAAUUCGCUGCCUGGAAACUUCUUCUAUCUCACAACUCUUCGCGCGCUCUAUCUGAGUGACAAUGACUUUGAAGUCCUGCCAGCUGACAUUGGAAAGAUGACCAAGCUGCAAAUAUUGAGCUUGCGGGACAACGAUCUCAUCUCCCUGCCAAAGGAUAUUGGGGAGUUGGUCCAACUCAAGGAGCUUCACAUCCAGGGCAAUCGACUGACCGUACUACCUCCGGAACUUGGUAAUCUGGAUCUGACCGGUCCAAAGCAGGUCUUCAAAGCGGAGAACAAUCCCUGGGUCACACCCAUUUCUGACCAGUUCCAAUUGGGAGUCUCGCAUGUUUUUGAAUACGUUCGCUCCGAGACCUACAAAUAUCUCUAUGGCAGACACAUGCAGGCCAACCCAGAACCUCCGAAGAAGAACAACGACAAGAGCAAGAAGAUCAGCCGCAAACCACUGGCAGCCAAAAACAAAUAAAAACGGCACUGGACAGGAAUGUUGUUGUUAUAGUAACAAGCCAGACUCACUGCAUGUGCCUUUCAGUAGCUUUCUUUGGUUUAUAUUCAUAUUUAUAUACAUUCAUAUAUAUGCCAUUAUUCGACUUUGCGAGAUGGCUCUACAAAACCUAAAUUCAGAUGAUCUAUCUCUUAUUUAAUGGAUCAGCACUGUAAAGUUUUUUUUUUAAAUCAUGCAUUUGCCUGUUGUCAGUUGACAUUUUUUAACUUUCUCCUUGUGAAAUAAGCUUUCUAACGGUAUACUGUUAUUUGACAUCAAUGCUUUUAUGGUAUUUUGUAACGCAGGACUUUUACAAUACAAUUGAGGAAAGCAAGUUAAUAAGUUGGGAUGUGUAAAACG